AUGGGCAAAGAAGAAAGCGACAAGCUCAUUCGUGAGCUCUUCAACGUCAUUGAAAAGCCACAACAUCGAGUGACAGUUGACCGGAAAGACGAAACAGACAUGACUAUCUUGGACAAUAGCUCGGUGAUGCACCGUGCUACCGGUAGAGCAUAUGAAGGCAAAUAUAGGCGUGAUAUGAGAUAUGAGACGCACGACUGUGAAGUAUAUGAGCAGUACAAGGUUCGGGCUGGUGGUGACGGUGCGGACUGGCGUGUCGGCUUGCCAUGA